CACAAGUCAAUAACACAGAAAAACAUGAAGUCUAGCAUAUUGCUCCCACUAUACAUCUACCCUAACCUUGGGGUUUGGGACCCUUUAUAUGCGGCCAUUGCCGCUUUUCCAGAUCUACAAUGGAUCAUCAUUGUCAAUCCAAGCAGCGGUCCUGGAUCUAUGCCAUGGUGGCCCAACGAGGACUACGUGCGAGAGAUACCCCGACUGAAUGCACAGCCAAAUGUGACUACAGUGGGUUAUGUCAAAGCGGAUUACUGUAGGAGGGCAGUGGAAGACAUAUCUCAGGAUGUUGAUACAUACGCAAUACGUGCUACAGACCGAAACUACCCGGGACUGGAGAUGAACGGGAUAUUCGUCGACGAGACGCCCAAUCUGUACUCAAAUACGACAAAAGCACAUCUCGACGCAAUCGAUCAGAAAGUCAAAGGUUGCCCAGGAAUUCAGAGUGACAGAAUCGUUAUACACAAUCCCGGCACUGCCGUCAACAAAGGCCUCGCAGAUCCGGGUCCUGACAUUACUACUGUGGUCGAGACCUCAUAUGCAGAGUUUGUAACUCCCAACUUCCAACAGUGGCUGGCUACAUCGCCGUACGAUCGUUCGCGAUCUUCUUACAUGGUACAUUCUGUCCCGGAUGGGGAGGUGGCGAAUCUUACGAUUGCGUUACGCGAACGGGCGCAGUACCUGUUUGUAACGAGUUUGACUGAGAACUUCUACGAAAGCUUUGGUCCGAGCUGGGGAGAGUUCGUUGCGGCGAUGGCAGAGCCAUAAGGGUACUAACAGCUACGUGGGGCUCAAGCGGUGAUGAUGAUGAUAAGGAGGAGGAGGAGGGGGAGGAAGGAUGCGAUCAAAGGUUGCGCAGCGAUGUAAGACCGACUUUUGGUAUUAUGAUAGACAAAGUGAAAAUUCGAUGCUCGAGUAUUUGACCAUGUGAUUCGAAGGGAAGUGCAAUCUCAGGCCUUACUUCAAGUUGGCCAAUAUCAAAACAAGCAGGUUUCUGGGAGACUG